UGUUUUAUGUAUUUUUUGUGUGUGUUUUCUUGGCCUUCUUGGCCUUCUUGGCGCCCUAAUUCACGAACACGCGGAGAUUUUGGUUGGCGAAAGAAAUCACGAUCACUGCCAAUGGGCGGCGCUGUUAAAUCCCAAUCUUAAACCCUUUUGUUUUUCCGUUCAUCAACAAAACUCUUCGAAACUGGUCCUUUCCAUUUCCUGUUUUUUUUUUUUCUCAGUGAAGUCUAGAUGAGUAGAUCAAUCGGAAGAAAGGUUACAGGAUUUUCACUUCUAUCCAAUGCCAACAAAUUAGGCGUUGUACCCUUCUCUUCUUCUUUUUCUUCUUCUUCCGGUGGUCAUGGUCGUGGCCGAGGUCGAGGUGCCUUUCCCUCCGGACCCUUUGAUUUCACCCCUCCAGUCCCCAAUCAGGAACAUUCAAAUGCGUCUAAACAAGAACCUAUAGAUUCUCGUCCUACUCCUGGGCUUGGUCAUGGCCGUGGUAAACCCACUCCUUCCUCCCCACUCCGUCCAUCUUUCUCUUCCUUUUCGCCCUCUGUCAGGCCCUCGUCUGUUGGUCGGGGUAGAGGUGAUGCUUCGCCAUCGAUUCGGUCCCCUCCCGAGCCAGAUUCGGAGCCUAAGAAACCUGUGUUUUUCUCGAAGAAUAAUGCAGGGGACUCUGCUGCAAGUACUUCACUUGGCGGGUUACACAGGGUUUCGGGAGAGAGAAACUUGCCUGAGUCUUUGCAUUCUGAGUUUUCUGGUGUUGGACGAGGAAAACCCAUGAAGCAACCAGUCCCGGAAGAUCAACCAAAGCAGGAGAAUCGUCAUCUUAGACCUAGACAAGAGGGGGAUGGACCUGGAGCUGGCGAGCGUGGAAGGGGUCGUGGCUUCGAACCAAGGAUAGGCCGUGGUGAACCAUGGAGGAACACUAAUAGGAUGGUGUCAAAGGACGGGCCUGAUGGUGAAGUUGGUGGUGGUCGAGGAACUAGCGGUUAUCGGGGCAGAGGCGCCAGAGGACCGUACAGACGGGGAGCCAGGGGGUCAUUUAGAACUGGGGAGAGACGGGAGAGAAGAAGUGGUCACGAUAAGGAGGAUGGAUAUGCUGCUGGACUUUAUUUAGGCAACAAUGAAGACGGUGAGAGGCUGGCAAAGAGGAUUGGUACCGAAAAUAUGAACAAACUGGUUGAAGGAUUUGAAGAGAUGAGUGGUAGAGUGCUGCCUUCGCCAUUGGUGGAUCAGUAUUUGGAUGGGAUGGAUACCAAUUUUAUGAUCGAGUGUGAGCCGGAGUACCUGAUGGGAGAUUUUGAAAAUAACCCUGAUAUUGAUGAGAAUCCACCAAUUCCCCUUCGGGAUGCACUUGAGAAGAUGAAACCAUUUUUAAUGGCGUAUGAAAACAUCCAAAGCCACGAAGAGUGGGAGGAAAUCGUGGAAGAAACCAUGCAGAGCGUCCCAUUGCUGAAGGAGAUAGUUGACGCUUAUGGUGGACCAGAUAGAGUAACUGCGAAGGAACAACAAGGGGAGCUGGAAAGAGUUGCAAAGACACUUCCACAAAGUGCACCUAAUUCUGUAAAGCAAUUCACCAAUCGUGUUGUUCUUUCUUUGCAGAGCAACCCAGGGUGGGGAUUUGACAAGAAAUGGCAGCUUAUGGACAAACUUGUUGAGGGGUUCUCCAAGCGAUACAAGUAGAUUUACUAAAGUUUCAUCAAGGACAUCAAGAAUUAUAACUUACACUCAACUAAAAUGAAGCUACUUGCUAAAUUGGUCUACAUCUUUUCUUUAGUCUUGGGAUUUAAUUUUAGCUCAUGAGAUGUUCAGAAGUUUUGCACUCUUUCUGUUGUGUCUCAAUGAUGGUCUUUUGUAAUCGAUAUUGCUGCAAUAGCCAUUGUUGAAGUACUGCUUCAUUUUUUUUUUCCUUUGGGGAAGCAAUAAUUGCAUUUGUUUUUAUCAACAUGAUGCACUGAGAAUAGUUCUUUUGUGUUGUACAAAAUCUCUCCUUUAUUUGCUGCUCUUUCACUCUCCCCUCUUAUCAUAAGUUUUACUUAUAAAA